CACGCUGUUCAAGGUGUCGCUACCUGUCUCAUCGGGACGAAAUGUGCCCAGCCCUUUCUCGAAACUGCAACAAGUGUGGUAAAAAGGGACACUUCGCGGCUGCUUGUCGCUUGAGACAUGUGAGCAGCAUUAGUCAGGAUCGACAGGAUGAAAUCCGUGAACAUUCGAAUUACAAAGAACAGCGAGUGUAUGCCCUUUCGCUCCAAGAUGUGCUGAUUAAGUGCAAUGUGGGACAUUCACAGCCGAUCGAGUUUAUGAUAGAUUCGGGAUCCGACGUAAAUAUACUUUGUGGCAAAGACUGGGACGUACUGAAACACGAAUCAGAACUGGGCACCGCUAAAUUUGAAGCUAAGGGACGUUUGUCACAAACGAACGUUCGCUCAUAUCAACGAGUCAGCCAAUGGCUGUAGAAUGCGUAAUCCGUGCUACCGUAAACAUCGUGAACCAUGAAGGCCUUCUCAUCUCAGCAGAUUUUCUUGUGGUUAGGAAUGGUCGUCGAUCUUUACUGGGCCGUUCGACAUCCAGCGACCUUGGGCUUCUUGCAGUAGGGCUAUGCGUUAGCAGUUGUGAGGAUUUGCCUAAAGGAAAGGUUUUUCCCAAGAUGCCGGGGGUUGUGGUUAAAUUUAGUAUCGAUGAAACAAUUCCACCGGUGAGGAAUGCAUAUUUUAACGUCCCCGCGGCAUUCCGCGAGGCUGCUAAGCAAAGGCUGAAACAAAUGGAGGAACAGGACAUAAUUGAACAGGUAAUCAAGAUAAUUCAUACGAAAAUUUACUAUGAGGCAAAUGCUCGUCUAAACAUUUCCAAAAAAAUGCAUAGGGA